GGAGCAGGGCAGGGCGGCGGGUCUGGAGGAGUAGCAGCAGUACCGCUGUCCAUAAUCCUCCACAUAUCGGAUGCUGAUCGUCCAGCAGAGCUCCUGCAGGAUGCAUUAAGGGUCAGAGGUGAGCUAGCGAGGCAGAGAUGAGUCUGACUUCCUGGUUCCUGGUGAGCGGCGGGGGGACGCGUCAUCGUCUCCCCAGGGAGAUGAUCUUCGUGGGGAGGGACGACUGUGAGCUCAUGCUGCAGUCCCGCAGUGUGGACAAGCAGCACGCUGUCAUCAACUAUGAGCCGAAUACAGACGAACAUAAAGUGAAGGAUCUGGGCAGCUUAAAUGGGACAUUUGUCAACGAUGUGAGGAUACAGGAGCAAAUCUACGUCACGCUGAAAAUUGAUGACAAAUUGAGGUUUGGAUAUGAUACCAACCUGUUCACCGUGGUUCGAGGAGAGCUACAUAUUCCAGAGGAGGCCCUAAAGCAUGAGAAGUUCAGCAGCCAGCUGCAGCUGAGCCAGAAGAAACCUCCAGAGGCUGAAUCGUCUAAAUCUGAGGUGAAACCGUCUGAGGCAGCACCAGCAUGUGGAGGGGCCGCCGCCAAGCCCCCCGAAACCAGCAGGGUGGAGGAUAAAGCGACAGGGGACGUAGCAGUGCUGCACAGAAUCACCCCCCUCUAUGGACAGCCUGCCUGGUGGGGAGAUGGAGACGCUGAUGACCAGCAACCUGGGAGGCCUGAGGAGAGGAGCUCAGAUCGGAAGCGCGAAAAAGCUGAAACUGACACCAAGAAAAGUACUGAGGUCCCAAAGUCGGCCCCGCAAACAGCUUCCAAUCAGGAGCCUAGCUACUUCGAGAUCCCAACCAAGGAUAAUCACUCAGCAGGUAAAGUGAGUGGUGAAGCCCCCUCACGAGAACAAGAGGCUGCUGCUUCUUCGGCUGCAGAGCCCGUCCAUGGCCACGCCUCCUUCACCAUUGAGUUUGACCCUGGGGCAUCUGGUAAAGUGACCGUCAAAGAUCGAGUAGCGAAAGUAGGACCAGAGACCAGGCCGCGUCCUAAAAGGGCUGUCGGGGAGGAGCUGAGUCCACUUCAGACAGCUAUGGUAGCUGCGGAGGUCAAAGUUGCCGACUGGCUGGCCCAGAAUGAGCUGCCAUUGGCUCUCAAAGAUGCUGUUGCAGAGGAUGAUGGGGAGAGUGUGAAGAGUGAUGUGCCUGUGCAACUGAAAAGUCUUAAAGGUAGUAAACAUGAGGACGGCACUCAGAGCGACUCUGAGAACGCACUUGGAGAGCAGCGCAGGGCCACAGCAAUGGAGGAACGCUCAUGGGGUCUUUGGGGCGGUGCAGGGAUGAAGAUCAGAGAGGGUCGCGCUAACGUGCCAGAGGGGCUCUUUGCAGAGGAGGACAGUCCUGCUCGCCGUCGCAAGUCUUCCACUUCCAAAGUGGCGAGCGGAUUUGUAGAAAGGCGACGUGGCUCGGCACCGCAUCAGCAGAGCAGCCGUGAUGAGUGCUAUCACCACGGAGAUGAUUAUAGCGACAGGGGAACCUAUACCAUUGAACUGGAGAAUGGAGAUCACGAGGAGGAAGAAGCGAGGAAAAUGAUCGACAAGGUGGGGAAGAAGAAAGUGUUUGGUGUGGAUGAGCAGGAGGGUGUGUGUGUGUCCAGGCUGGGAGGUGUUGACCAAAGAGAGAGGCUCACCUCCCAGAGGUCUGGUACAGGAGACAGAGGAAAGCCUGGACGCAUGGAGACAGAGGUACUAUCAGAGGAACUGAUGGUGGGUGGUCCUCGCUGGGUCUCGCAGUGGGCUACUCUGGCUGCCAGUCACAUUAGAACAGACCCUGAGGGAUCAGGAGGGGAGAGUCACGUCAUGGUCACAGAGGACAGAGCUGAAAUAAGUGAAUCCAGCCAUUCAGCCUCAUUUGCCUCGUCUGGCUACACAGAGCGUAAGAGAAGAACCCUGCCCCAGCUGCCUGGUGAAGAGCUCACUCUUGGAAGGAGAACCCCAGGCGCAGGCCUGCGUGCGGAUAUGGGGGAGAAACAGGACACAGAGCUACAGGAGAAAGAGAGCCAGGAGGAGAAGAUGGUCAGAGGAAAGACUCGGCAUGGCAGUGGAGGUGUGGGCAGUCAUGGGGGUAGCCCCAGUCGCUCCUCACCAGCCAAGUCGCAGGACAGUGCUGGUGGAAGAUCAGGCCAGUCAGGUGUGUUGGCCAAGCUCCCCCCUCGUCCACUGACGAGUGGGGAGAAAAGAAUGGAGGAGUCACGGAGGAGGAAAAAGGAAGAGGAGAAGGCUAGGGAGAGUAGUGGGAAACCAUUGUUGAGGCAGGAGAGUUUUACUGUGGAGAAACCAAGCGCCAACGUGCCCAUUGAGCUCAUACCUCGUAUUGAUGGGCUCACAGGCAGAACUCAGAGUAAGGAGACUGGCAUUGACAGCGCCACACUGCAAAAAGACUCAGAGGCCGUUGCAGCCUUUUUAGAGACGACUGUGUCAGACCAAGGUGAUCCACCAAGUCAGUCCAUCGAAGGCUCCAUGUCACCAGAGUCAGACGUGGACACGACCAGCACAGUAAGCCAGGCUGAUGGAGCGAGAAAAGUAAUCCAGAAACGCCGAACUCUUGCAGGACAGCAGAAAGAGAAAACGGUAGUGUGCUCAUCCGGCAAAGGUCUGACUGGGGGCCGAGAGACCCAGGACAGGAGGGCCAAGACCAGGGCAUCUGGUCCUCCUCAGCCCAGCCGCCCUUGGACUUCCCUGGACCUCACUGAUGAUGACGUCAACUCUAACUCACUCCUCUCUGACUCUCAGCCCACCUCGACACAAGAAUCUAGAAGCUCACACACCAGAGCCCAGAGUGGUGGCACAACAGUGGGAGCUAGCACCAAGUCUAGUCGAGCUAAAAUCACCCAGCCCUCAGCCUCCUCUGCAACAAGUAAAACCACUAGUGUGCCCAAGCCCAGGCCCACCAGGGCGUCCCUACUGAGGCGAGCCAGGCUGGGGGACUCCUCAGACACUGAACCUGCUGAUCUUGACCGCAUGUCUGUAGCUUCUGAGGCCUCCACUGCUAGUUCCACAUCCAGGACAGGGAUGGCAAAAAGGGGAAUGUCCAGGAUAGAGGCUCUAGCACAGCCAAGGAGGCCGAGGGUGGGCUCCCCAUCAGCCCAGAGUGACUCAGAGGCCACUGUGACAAGGAGUAGAGGUCUGGGGGCCCGGAGUGCUGCUGGUGAUUAUGCCAUCAGACAAGGACUGAGAGGGUCUAAUGUGACUUCAGUGUCUGGACCCAGAGCUAGGGCGAACAGCGCCUCCAAGCUGCCUGACAAGGGUAAAGGCACCUCCUCCUAUGGACAUGUUACACCUGCGUCUGGCACUCGGUGGCGCCGCGUGCCUGUUGAGUAUGCGUCCACCUCAGAGGACGAGUAUGGCUCAAACCGCCACAUGUCCAAGCAGGGCCACACACGGCCGUUCCCUGCCACUCGGGUAGCCCAACUCGGAGGUUCAGCCCCAGCAACUCCUAACCCUGCAGGCCUAUCUGCCCUGAAGCAGCACUCCAGGGAACAGGACGAGUACAUGAGAGACUGGACGGCACAUAGCGAGGAAAUAGCCAGGAUAAGCCAGGACUUAGCCAAAGACCUAGCCAUGCUCGCCAGAGAAAUACAUGAUGUGGCAGGAGAGAUCGACUCAGUCAGCCCUGCAGCCACAGACCCCGGAGCUCUGUUGGAGGAGCGUGUGUUUGAUGACAACUUGGACCCAAGUGGACCUUCUGCAGAGGGGACCAAUGGGCAGUCUGUGGAGCUUCGACCCCGAGGCUCUGGUGGACAGGGCUCCCGUGCCAUCCGCCGACAGACAUGGAACAGAGAUGAUGCGGUGCUUGACAGUUUACUACUAGCCUCUGUGACUCAGCUCUCAGCAAGGAUACGUCAGUCUGUUGACAAAACAACCUGCAAAAUCAGGAUCCUCUUCAAGGAUAAAGAACGGAAAUGGGAAGAGAUUGAGAACAAACUGCAGGCGGAGCACGACUCCCUGCUGCUCAAGAGCUCCAAUAAGGAGAUUUCAAGCAUUAUUCAAGACCUGAGGAGAGUGGAGAGACAACUGCUUGUAAUUGACAUGAUGGUGGACCCAGACGGCACCCUGGAUGCCCUGUCCAAUCUGGGCCUGACCAGCCCUCUGACUGACCAGAAGAUCAGUCCCGGGACUCAGCAGGGGGCGGCAGUGUUGCACCCUGGAGCUGAAGCCUCCUCCAGCACACUGUCCAGGCCUGAAGGACUGGCCACUGAACCCUGCAGUGCUUCAGACCAUGCAGCGGUAGCAGAGCGAGACCCAGGACCCCGACAGAGCUCAAGAUCCUACAACUGAUACACCAAGGACAUAAUUCAUAAUGCAUCCUUUAAAUUGGACAAAUCCUGAAGACGCAAGGUCAGAAGAUUUUUUACAAAUUUGGUCUCAGAUGAUGGAGGAAAAAGGAUGAUGCGUAUACGGUGGGAAAGCCUGACUGCCCGAACCGUCAAAGUGAUUAGUGAUAGCACUUUGUAAAAGUCCAACACGACCAAAUAGCAGCUCUUGUCAGAUAUACAAUAUGAAGACUUCACAGUAUUAAUUGGUGAGCUUAUGAAAAAGCUAUGACAUAAUAUACAGUAACCCAUCUGUGUCUUUGUGUUGCAGCUCAUUCUUAUUAUCUAUUAUCCUUAAAAGCAUUUGAAAGAAGUACAGAUGUAAAAGAUGAGAGGAUUUAAUGUUAAAGAUAAACUUUCCAAAAUCCUGCUUACAUUCUCUCACUGUGUUUUUACACAAGCCUUGAAAUCUUUCUGUUUGAACCAUAAGCUGAUCAGUGAGCUGACUGAAAGAGAGCAACACGGUUUUUUAAACCUGGACCAUAUUUUCUCAUGUUUUUGUGUCUGAGUGACAUUGUUUUUGACACUGGUCCAGUAUUUAGCAAGACAGCUGUAGCAGUGACAAAACCAGCUGCAAUGUUAUAGGCAUUUGUGCACCAUCAAUUUACGUCGACUAAAAGUGUUUAUUUUGCCACUGACAGGCUCAGAUUGUUUUACAGUUA